AUGGCUGCCUCCAUUAUUCUUUUCCCGAGCAAAAUGGGCAUUUUCAUUGCGUUGAUGGCGCUGUCUCUGCUUCCUGAGUAUGCACUAGGUGUAACCAGGCAUUAUGAGUUCAAUAUUACGAUGCAAAAGGUGACACGAUUGUGCCACACGAAGAGUAUGGUGACUGUAAAUGGAAAGUUUCCGGGGCCUCGGAUUGUGGCCCGAGAGGGUGAUCGGCUGCUCAUCAAAGUGAAUAAUCAUGUUUCCCAUAACAUGAGCAUUCACUGGCAUGGGAUCCGACAGCUUCGGAGUGGUUGGGCGGACGGACCGGCUUAUAUAACCCAAUGUCCGAUUCAGACAGGGCAGAGCUACGUUUAUAAUUACACCAUCGUAGGCCAAAGAGGAACCCUGUGGUGGCACGCACACAUUUCAUGGCUGAGAUCAACCGUGUACGGACCUAUCAUCAUUCUGCCAAAGAAAGAUGUUCUCUACCCAUUCCAAAAGCCAUACAAGGAAGUCCCGGUCAUCUUCGGUGAAUGGUUCAAUACCGAUACCGAGGCCAUCAUCACCCAAGCUUUGAAAACCGGUGGCGGCCCGAACGUCUCCGAUGCCUAUACCAUCAAUGGCCUUCCUGGUCCUCUCUACAAUUGCUCCGCCAAAGACACAUUUAAACUGAGAGUGAAGCCUGGAAAGACAUACCUACUCCGGAUGAUCAACGCUGCACUGAAUGAUGAACUCUUCUUCAGCAUUGCCAACCACACACUCACGGUGGUCGACGCUGACGCGACUUAUAACGUUCUUCUCAAGACCAAACCGACAUUUCCAGGAGCCAGUUUCCUGAUGACCGCCAGACCCUAUGCAACCGGGCAAGGCACCUUUGACAAUUCUACAGUGGCUGGAAUCUUGGAAUACGAAUCCCAACCAAUCACGUCUCUGAAGAAGCUCCCACUCUUGAAACCAACUCUGCCUGCUCUGAAUGACACCAACUUUGCUACCAAAUUCUCAAAGAAACUCCGGAGCUUAGCAAGUCCGCAAUUCCCAGCCAAUGUUCCCCAGGAAGUGGACAAGCAUUUCUUCUUCACCGUAGGCCUGGGAACAAACCCGUGCGAUCAGCCCGGAGGGUGCCAAGGCCCAACAAAUACGACCAAAUUCGCAGCAUCCAUCAGCAACAUAUCAUUCAUACAGCCAACCACGGCACUUCUCCAAUCCCACUUCACGGGCCUAUCCAGCGGAGUGUACAGCCCAAAUUUCCCAUACAGCCCACAUUGGUUCAACUUCACCGGAACUCCUCCAAACAACACCAUGGUUUCCAACGGAACAAAAUUGAUGGUCUUACCAUUCAACACCAGCGUGGAGUUGGUGAUGCAGGACACCACCAUUCUGGGUGCCGAAAGCCACCCGCUCCAUCUCCACGGCUUCAACUUCUUCGUCGUCGGACAAGGGUUCGGGAACUAUGACCCCAAAAAGGACCCGAAGAACUUCAACCUGGUGGACCCCGUCGAAAGGAACACCGUCGGCGUCCCACCCGGCGGUUGGGUUGCCAUCCGGUUCUUGGCCGAUAAUCCAGGGGUGUGGUUCAUGCACUGUCACCUGGAAGUCCACACGAGCUGGGGAUUGAAGAUGGCGUGGCUCGUCUUAGACGGAGAGCUUCCAAAUCAGAAGCUGCUUCCUCCGCCGGCAGAUCUUCCCAAAUGCUAA